CUGCUAAAAUAGGCGGACUGUGAGUCAUUUGUGUCCCAGGCCGGCUCCCUCAGGUCGUCUACGCUAAUCGUCUUCAAAUUCUAACAUCCGAGCCUGGCUUGACUUAAAUCCGCCAAGAUGUCGGCUGUAGGCCAACUAGUGUUCGAUGAAUAUGGCAAACCCAUGAUCAUUUUGAAGGACCAAGACCAACAAAAGAGAUUGACUGGAGUUGACGCCUUGAAGUCUCACAUUCUUGCGGCUCGAAGUGUUGCUUCAAUUCUUUCCACAUCACUGGGACCCAAAGGUUUAGACAAGCUUAUGGUUAGCCCUGAUGGAGAUGUUACAGUCACAAAUGAUGGUGCUACUAUUCUGAAAAUGAUGGAUGUUGAACACCAGAUUGCAAAGCUGAUGGUGCAGUUAUCACAAUCUCAAGAUGACGAAAUAGGAGAUGGAACCACUGGGGUUGUUGUAUUGGCUGGUGCAUUGUUGGAAAAGGCAGAACAUCUCCUUGAUAAGGGUAUUCACCCCAUACGCAUUGCUGAUGGUUAUGAGUUGGCAGCAAAAAAGGCCAUUGAAAAUCUUGAGAAAAUUGCUGAUGAAUUUCCAAUUGAUCCCUGCAACAGGGAAAAUUUAAUCCUCACAGCAAUGACCACUUUGGGGUCAAAAAUCAUCAACCGUUGUCAUCGUCAGAUGGCAGAAAUUGCUGUUAAUGCUGUAAUGGCAGUGGCUGACCUGGAAUCUAGGGAUGUCAACUUUGAACUCAUUAAGGUCGAAGGUAAAGUCGGUGGAAAAUUAGAAGAUACCAUGUUGGUCAAGGGUGUAGUUGUUGACAAGGACUUUUCUCAUCCGCAAAUGCCCAAAGAACUUAAAGAUGUCAAGAUAGCAAUUCUCACCUGCCCAUUUGAGCCUCCAAAGCCCAAAACCAAACACAAGUUGGAAGUGACAAGUGUAGAAGAGUAUAAGGCUUUGCAUGAUUAUGAACAAGAGAAGUUUGUGGAGAUGGUUGAUAAGGUUAAAGCUGCUGGUGCCACUUUAGCAAUCUGCCAGUGGGGCUUUGAUGAUGAAGCAAACCACUUGCUACUUCAAAAGCAAUUGCCUGCUGUGCGCUGGGUAGGUGGUCCAGAAAUAGAGCUGAUUGCUAUUGCCACCAAUGGCCGUAUUGUACCCAGGUUUGAGGAGCUAACUCCAGAGAAGUUGGGUACAUGUGGAAAAGUUCGUGAAAUUUCCUUUGGAACAACAAAAGACAAAAUGAUGGUGAUUGAAGAAUGUCCCAAUACAAAGGCUGUCACCAUAUUCAUACGUGGGGGAAAUAAAAUGAUAAUUGAAGAAGCUAAACGUAGCAUCCAUGAUGCAUUGUGUGUGGUGAGGAAUCUGGUCAGAAAUAACAAAAUUGUGUAUGGUGGUGGAGCCGCAGAAGUCUCUUGUGCCUUGGCUGUAUCAGAAGAAGCAGAUAAGAUAUCAACAUUGGAACAGUAUGCCUUCCGUUCCUUUGCAGAUGCUUUAGAGAGUAUUCCUCUGUCAUUAGCUGAAAAUUCAGGACUUUCUCCAAUUCAUGCUUUAACAGACUGUAAAGCUAGACAACUUUCAGAAAAGAAUCCUGCUCUUGGCAUUGAUUGCAACAGCAAGGGAACAACUGACAUGAAAGAACAGCAUGUAAUUGAAACUUUACACAGCAAGAAGCAGCAGAUUCUUUUGGCAACACAACUUGUCAAAAUGAUCCUCAAGAUAGAUGACAUUCGCACACCUGGUGGUGCUGAAAUGUACUAAAAAAAAAAAAGCAGCAUGAAUUGACUUAAUAAUGGGACUCGCUUUAAUAAUUUUUUAUAUCGUUUUGAAAAGUUUCUUUGCCGAUACUAAGCUAAUCAUUAUUGCGUUCUAGAAAUAAAUUUAACUUUAAAAAAUACUUUUUAUUAAUACCCAACAUGACAUAUUAUGCAGCCAUCUAGUUUUCAGUUGUACUGCUCUUGGCCAUCCAAUGUAAUUUAUUUUGUAUACUUGUACUAAAUUUGUUCAUGACAGUCACUAAAUCAUGUAUUUCCUAACCUGCAAGCAAAUUAAAUCUGACCACUAUA